GCUUCUUACACACGCAUACAAGACACCACUGCAGUGCCUGUAUUUGAGGAAACACUCUGUUGCGCCAUCCGCCCUUGUCCAGCCCACUGCAACACGCUCGGCGGUCCCUCUCUCGUGCACUACUGACCACCUGCGUGACGUCUGGUGAUUGGUCACCGCCGAACACGCCUUGCGCAGACACACCGCACAGCACCAGACACAGCAUGCACCCGCUGUCGAGGUAGCAGAGGCCGGUGCAGUGACUGCAACCCUUAUCCAAACCAUGGUGGAGCUCUCGCCCGGCGCCAGCGUUGCUCUCGGAGUGAUCGUGGGCCUCCUCUCCACCAGCGUCCAGAGCAUCGGCCUGACGCUGCAGCGAAAAUCCCACCUGCUCGAGGAAGAGAAGGAAGACGACUAUGACCGCCGCCCGCCCUACAAGCGCCGGCGCUGGCAGCUGGGCAUGCUCAUGUUCAUCGUGGCGAACGUCGUAGGCAGCACCAUCCAGAUCACCACCCUGCCGCUGCCCGUCCUCUCCACCCUGCAGGCGUCCGGCCUCGUCUUCAACUCGAUAUGCGCCUCCAUCAUCCUCCACGAGCCCUUCACGCGCUACUCCUUCGUCGGCACCUUGCUCGUCGCUGUCGGCGCCCUCCUCAUAGCCCUCUUCGGCGCCAUCGCUGAGCCCUCGCACAAUUUAGACCAGUUGCUGGCAUUAUUGGGCAGACACCACUUCAUCGUGUGGAUGGUCAUGACUGGCGUUGUCGUCGUCAUGCUGCUGGUCGCCAAUUGGGUCCUUCAACGCAUCUACCCCCGCGCAACUCCGCGCCUGCGCCUGGUCCGAGGCAUGUUCUACGGAUGCGUAAGCGGCAUUCUCUCGGCGCACUCGCUACUCAUAGCGAAGAGCGCAGUCGAGCUGCUGGUCCGCACCAUUGUCGACCGCCACAACCAGUUCGACCGCUGGCAGUCUUGGAUGAUUCUGAUAGGACUGGUCGUCUUUGCCCUGACGCAAUUGUACUAUAUGCACUGUGGGUUGAAGCUGGUCAGCACGAGCGUGCUCUACCCUCUUGUGUUCUGCAUUUACAACAUCAUCGCUAUCAUUGACGGCCUGAUCUACUUCCACCAGAGCGAACGCCUUUCGAGCUUGCAUGCCGGUCUCAUCGCGAUGGGCACUAUUAUACUCCUGGCAGGCGUGGUCUGCCUCAGCUGGAGACUGGAGGAGAAUGAAGAAGACAUCACGUCGCCUGUAUCGACAAAGCACCCAGGACACGUACCAAUGCCACAGUCUGCGCUCGAGCCUGGUUUGGGCCUCUUGCAUGCACAACCAUUCGAAGAGCCAGACGAUCCUCUGGAUAUCGAAGCAGCCCCACCAGGACUCCACGGAGCCGCCACCGAACAAGCAAAACGUAAAUCAGUUGACGAAAGAACGCCACUAUUAGCACGAGCUGGCACUGGACCGGCAUACACCGUUGCAUCGCGGGCGAAACAGACUCCCAGGCUAGACACGAACACUCACAGCCCUCGAGCGAGCCCAAGACCCCAGAGAAGACGAAGGAUGACAAUAUCCGAGGAGACAAGCGAGAUCUGGAAUGAGCUAAAUGACAGAGACUCACUUCCCUCGCCGAAUCUUCGUCGAUCUGUAGAAUCAGAUCGCAGACCAAGAGCCGGAACACUCCCCAGGCAGAGACAAAACACACAGUCAGCCUGGUUAGACCAGAUGCGCAGACGCUCAUGGUUCGAUGGCAUCAGUGCAGGCUCGCAGCGCAGUCACAGUGCGUCACAAGGCAAGAAGCGCUCAGACAGCUCGUCUGCGUUGCUCGACCAUCCUGAUCCAGAAGACGACGACCACUCUGACUCAGAUCUGGUUGCACAUAGGAGUGGGACAUGGGGGUUUGGGGGAGGUACACGCAGCAGUAAACGUGAAGGACCUGGUGACUGGCUGAAGCUGCGCUGGUGGAGGAAGAGACUGCAAGGCGAGACUGAUGACGAGCAUGAAGAUACAAGGAGUAGAGGUGCAUGAUGUUCGGAUAUGAUCCAAAAAUUUGAAUAGAAGCAUCAUCCAUACAUUCGAAAGAGCCACUCGCAGUCAUUCCAACUCGAACGUCUUGAGCUAGGCUUGUAACGCUACUUUGGGAUGACGAAGUCAACUUGUAUUGCAUGCCUUAGGAAAACAUUGGUCAAAACUGUAUUCAUCUGCAUUGAAGCACUCUUGUAC